GUCUUGGUUGCUUUUUGCGGACGUGAGCUCGAUUACACGAAGGAUAGGGCGCCGGAGCCUUUCAAAACCGCUGCUGGAUCCCUAUCAAAGGCAGCUCCAGUGGGAGUGGCCUCUCUGAUACGGUGAGAGAUGAUCUUGAGGCCAGCAGCGCUCCUGUGGACCCUGGCCGCCGCCGCGGCGCUGCGCCCGGCGGCGCGGACGCGCCCGAAAACAAGCUUGCAGGCCUCGUCGAACCCCGCGGCGGACGAGCUCUGGGUCCCGACGACGGCCGAGGACAUCCUGUGGACGCCGUCGAGCCGCGACAGUAGCCGCGACGACGCCUUCGGCCCGCUGAGCGAUCCUCUGUUAGAUGGCCGCGCGAAGUACUGCGAGUCGCUCGAAGCCGUCCUACGAAGGCCGACGAGAACCGUGACGGCGGGCCCAGUGAAGUUCGGGAGCGAGCACCCGAUCGUGCGCCAGACGAUGGGGACCACAUCCACGAGAGAUGUAAGAGGCACGAUCGAGCAGGUCAUGCGCUGCGCUGAUGUUGGGUUUGAUAUGGUCCGCAUCACCGUCGUAGGCAUGAAGGAGGCCCAGGCGUGCCACGACAUCCGCGAAGGGUUGUUCAAGAAGGGGUACGACAUCCCGCUCUGCGCGGACAUGCACUUCCAGCCCGCCGUGGCCAUCAAGACGGCGGAGGCCGUCGAGAAGAUCCGAAUCAACCCCGGGAAUUUUGCCGAUGGAAGGAAGCAGGACGAGGACGACGUGUCCUUCGACUCCGAAGCGGAUUUUCUCAAGCCGCGCGAUUCGAUUGUGGAAGCGUUUGCGCCGUUGGUAUUGAAGUGCAAGGAGCUGAAUCGGGCGAUGCGCAUCGGCACGAACCAUGGGAGCUUGGCGGCUCGUAUAUUAUCCUUCUAUGGCGAUUCACCUAGGGGCAUGGUCGAGUCGGCUUUGGAGUUCGCGGACGUGUGCCGGGCGUUAGACUACCACAACUUCGUGUUUAGCAUGAAGGCGUCGAAUCCGGUGGUGAUGAUCCAAGGGUACCGGUUGCUCGCGGCGGAGAUGUAUCGGCUGGGCUGGGACUACCCGUUGCAUCUUGGUGUUACCGAAGCGGGAGAAGGUGAAGAUGGCCGCAUGAAGUCGGCGAUCGGGAUUGGGACGUUGCUGGGAGACGGCCUCGGGGAUACGAUCCGCGUGUCGCUGACGGAGGAUCCCGAAUAUGAAUAUGGACCCUGCAAUAGAUUGGCGGAGCUGGCGGGCGAGCAGUUGGAAGCGAAGGCCCGGGAGGAGCAGGCGGCGGUGCCGAAGUUCAUGGAUAGCCGGGACGUCACUACUUUUGAUCGAAGGAGAGGUUCGUUACCAGAACAGCGCGACGACGACGUUUAUGAUUAUCGCGGGUUAUUGCAUCGGGACGGCUCGGCCUACGGUGCUGUUUCUUUAGCGGAACUCCAGGGCUGCGCCGCUUUAGGUGGGUUGGGCGACGCGGCGCUGUUCCGCGCGCUGGGCGCUUUGGUGGACGAGCUGCCGCCGGGGCCCGACGGCGUCCCGAAGUUGUUGCCGCGGCGGGACGUCGCCACCGUCGACGCCAUCUUGCUGCGGGAGGCGCCCUCUGCAGACGACGCCGACACGCUCUACUUGAUCAAACGGCUGCAGGACGCGGGCGUGCACUUUCUGAUGGACGAGGCCGUUUUAAAAGAUGCGCCGGAGCCCCUGCAGAGCGGCGGCGUGCCGAUCGUGCGCUGCGAUGCUCUGAAAACGCACGCGCCGGCGCCCUCGAAGCGGUUAGUCGUAAAAUGCGACGGGAGCGAGUCCGACGAGAUGCUCGCCGAAUUGAUGGAGACGCCCAACAUCGACGUGGUGUUAUUGGAUGUGAAGGAGGGGCUGUCGCGGCUGCACGCUUCUAGAAGGCUCUUCGCUUUGCUGAGGCGGGAAGCGUCCGAACUAAGCGUCGUGCACCAUUUGCGCGUCCCGCAAGGCACGAAGAAGGACGAGCUCGCCCUGUCGUUGGGCAUGCGCGCCGGCGCUUUACUAGGGGACGGCUUGGGAGACGGGUUACUGGUCGAGCCGGACGACCACAGCGACUUUGAUUUGAACUACCUGCGGGAGACGUCCUUCGCGCUGCUGCAGGGGUCGCGCAUGCGCAACACCAAAACCGAAUUCGUGUCGUGUCCUUCCUGCGGCCGGACGCUCUUCGAUCUCCAGGAAGUCACGGCGCAAAUUUCCGAGAAGACGGGGCACCUGCCGGGCGUGGCCAUCGCGAUCAUGGGCUGCAUCGUCAACGGCCCGGGCGAGAUGGCCGACGCCGACUUCGGCUACGUCGGCGGCGCGCCGGGCAAGGUCGACCUGUACGUGGGCAAGGAGGUCGUCCAGAAGGCGAUCCCGAACGAGGAGGCCUGCGACGCGCUCGUCGAGCUCAUCAAGGAGCAUGGCAUGUGGGUGGACAAGCCCGCGGUCGACGAGGACGCGCCCGUCGAGGCGGAGCUCGCGGCGGCGUGA